AUAUGGAUAUAUAUGGCCCCGUGCAACAGUACACUUGUCUCUGCUACGUUAUAUAUGAGCAACUGCAAGACUGCUGCUGCCUGCGGGCAGAAGGUACAUCCACGUUUAAUGAAGACGGGGAAGAGGAAGGAGGAGAGGGAGGGGAAGAGCAGGAGGAAGAAGAAAGGAGUGGUGAGCAUGGUGGUGAACAGAGGAACGUGGACUGCGGAGGAGGAUCGCAAGCUGGCGGAGUACGUCCAGUGCCAUGGCGAAAAGAACUGGAGAACCCUUCCUGCCGAAGCCGGGCUGAAGAGAUGUGGGAAGAGCUGCCGGUUGAGGUGGUUGAACUAUUUGAGGCCGGGCAUCAAGAGAGGGAACAUCACCGAAGAGGAAGAGGAUCUUAUCAUUCGACUUCAUAACCUUCUCGGCAACAGAUGGUCGUUGAUUGCUAGAAGAUUGCCCGGACGAACGGACAACGAGAUCAAGAACCACUGGAAUACACACUUGAGCAGAAGAUCAAUGUCUAUUGACGACCUCAACCUGAAGAUGAACAAUCAAAAAGACUUGAGCCCGCGAGUCGACGCUCCUCCUGAUCAUCUCGAUCUGCAACACUUUGAGCUCGGCGGCGAGGAGCAACUAUUCGACCUAAUGAUGAUGUCAAGCAAUGAGAUUAGUGGUCUUAAUUAUGAUCUUAAUUAUGAGUUUAGUAGAUGGAUGGACGAAGACAUUGACUUGGUCGGCUGGGGAACUAGUUAUGCACAGGCAGCAGUGUGGUAGGAUGGCGAAGUAGGUUAGCGACCACCGGCCAUAUAAAACAGUCAUUGUGGUUAAUCAUUGAUGGUAUAUUUGUUGUUGUUGAACUUGAAGUAAUAUUGUGCACCGGGAGGAUAGUAGAAUAAUUUUGGGGAACCAUACAGAGCAAGAUUUGACUUGUAAUAAGCUACCAAACUGUAAUCUCCAUUAGGAAUGCAAAUUAUUCUCCCUAAUUUGUUUAGUUAGUUAAUAUUAUCAUAAGUCAUUGAGCAAUUGCUCUAGGAAGAAAGUUUUUAUAUUGAAAAGGUAUCAUUUAAAUUCAUAA